AUGUUGCUUAUGAACAGACUUCGCCUCCUCGCUGUGGCUUCCUUGCUUUUGAGAGCUAUUUCUGCUCAGACUUGCUAUUACCCUGAUGGCCUGACCAUCUCGAACGACGUUCCAUGUAACAGCAAUGCAGAAGUCUCGUCAUGCUGCCCUACUGGAUCCUUCUGUAUGGACAACGGAUUAUGCUUUGGAGGUGGUGUUGUAUCUCGAUCUUCCUGUACAGACCAAGCAUGGACAUCGCCACAGUGUGCACACUAUUGCACCGAAGGUAUCAUUGGUCCCUUGUCCAGAUAUAGACCUUUUCUGACAGAUCUGCUAGUAAAUGAGUCAAGUGCUGUUGGCCUGACAGCCUGCGAUGCAAACUCACGGACGUUCGCUUGCGGGCUCAACAAUACCGGGUGUCAAAAUACACACUCUACCUUUACCAUGGCCGAGGGGAACGCCUUGGUUCUACGUCCAGCACAGAUUCAAGCUCUUACAUCCAACGACUCUGCGUCUUCUGAUAACGGCCACCAGUACGGUGUAGGAUCGAUGGUUGGUCUUGCUCUGGGUAUCGGCCUUCCUCUGGCAUUUGCUUUGCUUAUGGCUUUGUUGGUUUUGAGAAAGGAGAGACAGAGAUAUGCUCUUCAAAACAUCUUUGAGGGACCUCUGGAACCAAUGACGCCCUCUGGAAAAUACAGAAGACGGUCGUUCUCCACUCUUUCCAAGUCUGGAACAAUGACAACAAUCGCAUCGACUUCAACCUAUGCACCUCAACAACCCAAAGCUUCUUUGCAAAAGUUUGGUUACCACAAGGGAUACUAUGCCAACGAUGGCGAUCUCAGCAUACCUGUCUUCGAACUGCCCUCAAACCCUCUUGAGAGACACGAGAGGGUCGAAGCACCAUGA